AAGCAGUGGUGCAGAGAUACUGGGAGAUACUGGGCUGCUUGUGCUGCUUUAGUAAAGAGUCUGGGAACUUAAGUGUGGCUGAAGUGCUUCCUGCCAUGUCCUUAGUGGGAACAAAAGUCUGAGUGUCACACAACUGAAGAUGCCCAGGAUGUGCAGGAAUCUGUCCCCACUGCUGCUCAUUGUAGGGAUUCUACUGGGAAAGGUGAAAUCUGCCUGCGAAUUGCCCUCUCAACCAGGUAUAAUAAGUUUAAUCUCCAAUGGAACAAACAGCAUCUCAUUAUCCUGGGGAGAUCCAAUAAACAUGACCGAUGUGACCAAGAGUUUUAAUAUAACUUAUAGCAGUGCUUUAGGCAAUGGGACUGUCUCUAGCAACAACACAAACGUCACCCUUCAUAACCUCAGCUCCGGCACUAAAUACACAAUAACGGUAGUCACCGUCACAGACUGUCAGUAUCAGAGCUCACCUGUUAAUAGCGAAGUCACCACAAGACCAUAUCCGGUGAACAAUCUAACAAUUUCUAGUAAAACAGAUUCUAUUACCCUGAAUUGGAGUAAACCUUAUGAAUAUAACAAUAAUUAUACUUACAAAGUACAGACAGACGUGUCCUCUACAAUAGUGCAAAGUGAAUCUGCUACAAUCAAUAAUCUGACCCCAGGGAAGACAUACACAUUCACUGUAACCGCAAGAGCUUACAAUGAGACUGAGGGAGACUCUGUAUCAGUAACAGGCUGUACAUACCCAACACCACCAGGCUCCAUAUACUUUAUUUCCAAUGGAACAAACAACAUCUCAGUAUCCUGGGGAGACCCAAUAAACAUGACCAAUGUGACAAAGAGUUUUAUUAUAACGUAUAGCAGUGCAUUAGGCAACGGGACUGUCUCAAGCAACAACACAAACGUCACCCUUCAGAACCUCAGCUCUGGCACUAAAUACACAAUAACGGUAGUCACCAUCGCAGACUGUCAGUAUCAGAGCUCACCUGUUAAUAGCGAAGUCACCACAAGACCAAAUACGGUGAACAAUCUAACAAUUUCUAGUAAAACAGAUUCUAUUACCCUGAAUUGGAGUAAACCUUAUGAAUAUAACAGUAAUUAUACUUACAAAGUACAGACAGACGUGUCCUCUACAAUAGUGCAAAGUGAAUCUGCUACAAUCAGUAAUCUGACCCCAGGGAAGACAUACACAUUCACUGUAACCGCAAGAGCUUACAAUGAGACUGAGGGAGACUCUGUAUCAGUAACAGGAUGUACAUACCCAACACCACCAGACUCCAUAUACUUCAUCUCCAAUGGAACAAACAUCAUCUUAUUAUCCUGGGGAGACCCAAUAAACAUGACCAAUGUGACAAACAGUUUUAAUAUAACUUAUAGCAGCACUUUAGGCAAUGGGACUGUCUCUAGCAACAACACAAAUGUCACCCUUCAGAACCUUAGCUCCGGCACUAAAUACAGAAUAACGAUAGUCACCGUUGCAGCCUGUCAGUAUCAGAGCUCAUCUGUUAUAAGCAAAGUCACCACAAGACCAUAUCCGGUGAACAAUCUAACAAUUUCUAGUAAAACAGAUUCUAUUACCCUGAAUUGGAGUAAACCUUAUGAAUAUAACAAUAAUUAUACUUACAAAGUACAGACAGACGUGUCCUCUACAAUAGUGCAAAGUGAAUCUGCUACAAUCAGUAAUCUGACCCCAGGGAAGGCAUACACAUUCACUAUAACCGCAAGAGCUUACAAUGAGACUGAGGGAGACUCUGUAUCAGUAACAGGCUGUACAUACCCAACACCACCAGGCUCCAUAUACUUCAUCUCCAAUGGAACAAACAUCAUCUCAUUAUCCUGGGGAGACCCAAUAAACAUGACCAAUGUGACAAAGAGUUUUAAUAUAACUUAUAGCAGUGCUUUAGGCAAUGGGACUGUCUCAAGCAACAACACAAACGUCACCCUUCAGAACCUCAGCUCUGGCACUAAAUACACAAUAACGGUAGUCACUGUCGCAGACUGUCAGUAUCAGAGCUCAUCUGUUAAUAGCGAAGUCACCACAAGACCAUAUCCGGUGAACAAUCUAACAAUUUCUAGUAAAACAGAUUCUACUACCCUGAAUUGGAGUAAACCUUAUGAAUAUAACAGUAAUUAUACUUACAAAGUACAGACAGACGUGUCCUCUACAAUAGUGCAAAGUGAAUCUGCUACAAUCAGUAAUCUGACCCCAGGGAAGACAUACACAUUCACUGUAACCGCAAGAGCUUACAAUGAGACUGAGGGAGACUCUGUAUCAGUAACAGGCUGUACAUACCCAACACCACCAGGCUCCAUAUACUUCAUCUCCAAUGGAACAAACAGCAUCUCAUUAUCCUGGGGAGCCCCAAUAAACAUGACCAAUGUGACAAAGAGUUUUAAUAUAACUUAUAGCAGCACUUUAGGCAAUGGGACUGUCUCAAGCAACAACACAAACGUCACCCUUCAGAACCUCAGCUCCGGCACUAAAUACACAAUAACGGUAGUCACCGUCACAGACUGUCAGUAUCAGAGCUCACCUGUUAAUAGCGAAGUCACCACAAGACCAUAUGCAGUGAACAAUCUAACAAUUUCUAGUAAAACAGAUUCUAUUACCCUGAAUUGGAGUAAACCUUAUGAAUAUAACAAUAAUUAUACUUACAAAGUACAGACAGACGUGUCCUCUACAAUAGUGCAAAGUGAAUCUGCUACAAUCAGUAAUCUGACCCCAGGGAAGACAUACACAUUCACUGUAACCGCAAGAGCUUACAAUGAGACUGAGGGAGACUCUGUAUCAGUAACAGGCUGUACAUACCCAACACCACCAGGCUCCAUAUACUUAAUCUCCAAUGGAACAAACAGCAUCUCAUUAUCCUGGGGAGACCCAAUAAACAUGACCAAUGUGACAAAGAGUUUUAAUAUAACUUAUAGCAGCACUUUAGGCAACGGGACUGUCUCAAGCAACAACACAAACGUCACCCUUCAGAACCUCAGCUCUGGCACUAAAUACACAAUAACGGUAGUCACCGUCGCAGACUGUCAGUAUCAGAGCUCAUCUGUUAAUAGCGAAGUCACCACAAGGCCAUAUGCAGUGAACAAUCUAACAAUUUCUAGUAAAACAGAUUCUAUUACCCUGAAUUGGAGUAAACCUUAUGAAUAUAACAAUAAUUAUACUUACAAAGUACAGACAGACGUGUCCUCUACAAUAGUGCAAAGUGAAUCUGCUACAAUCAGUAAUCUGACCCCAGGGAAGACAUACACAUUCACUGUAACCGCAAGAGCUUACAAUGAGACUGAGGGAGACUCUGUAUCAGUAACAGGCUGUACAUUUAUUGUACAAUGUGUCACAGACCCAACACCACCAGGCUCCAUAUACUUCAUCUCCAAUGGAACAAACAGCAUUUCAUUAUCCUGGGGAGCCCCAAUAAACAUGACCAAUGUGACAAAGAGUUUUAAUAUAACUUAUAGCAACGCUUUAGGCAACGGGACUGUCUCAAGCAACAACACAAAUGUCACCCUUCAGAACCUCAGCUCUGGCACUAAAUACACAAUAACGGUAGUCACCUUCGCAGACUGUCAGUAUCAGAGCUCACCUGUUAAUAGCGAAGUCACCACAAGACCAUAUGCAGUGAACAAUGUAACAAUUUCUAGUAAAACAGAUUCUAUUACCCUGAAUUGGAGUAAACCUUAUGAAUAUAACAAUAAUUAUACUUACAAAGUACAGACAGACGUGUCCUCUACAAUAGUGCAAAGUGAAUCUGCUACAAUCAGUAAUCUGACCCCAGGGAAGACAUACACAUUUACUGUAACCGCAAGAGCUUACAAUGAGACUGAGGGAGACUCUGUAUCAGUAACAGGCUGUACAUACCCAACACCACCAGGCUCCAUAUACUUCAUCUCCAAUGGAACAAACAGCAUCUCAUUAUCCUGGGGAGCCCCAAUAAACAUGACCAAUGUGACAAAGAGUUUUAAUAUAACUUAUAGCAGCACUUUAGGCAAUGGGACUGCCUCAAGCAACAACACAAACGUCACCCUUCAGAACCUCAGCUCUGGCACUAAAUACACAAUAACGGUAGUCACCAUCGCAGACUGUCAGUAUCAGAGCUCACUUGUUAAUAGCGAAGUCACCACAAGGCCAUAUGCAGUGAACAAUCUAACAAUUUCUAGUAAAACAGAUUCUAUUACCCUGAAUUGGAGUAAACCUUAUGAAUAUAACAAUAAUUAUACUUACAAAGUACAGACAGACAUGUCCUCUACAAUAGUGCAAAGUGAAUCUGCUACAAUCAGUAAUCUGACCCCAGGGAAGACAUACACAUUCACUGUAACCGCAAGAGCUUACAAUGAGACUGAGGGAGACUCUGUAUCAGUAACAGGCUGUACAUACCCAACACCACCAGGCUCCAUAUACUUCAUCUCCAAUGGAACAAACAGCAUCUCAUUAUCCUGGGGAGCCCCAAUAAACAUGACCAAUGUGACAAAGAGUUUUAAUAUAACUUAUAGCAGCACUUUAGGCAACGGGACUGCCUCAAGCAACAACACAAACGUCACCCUUCAGAACCUCAGCUCUGGCACUAAAUACACAAUAACGGUAGUCACCGUCGCAGACUGUCAGUAUCAGAGCUCACCUGUUAAUAGCGAAGUCACCACAAGGCCAUAUGCAGUGAACAAUCUAACAAUUUCUAGUAAAACAGAUUCUAUUACCCUGAAUUGGAGUAAACCUUAUGAAUAUAACAAUAAUUAUACUUACAAAGUACAGACAGACGUGUCCUCUACAAUAGUGCAAAGUGAAUCUGCUACAAUCAGUAAUCUGACCCCAGGGAAGACAUACACAUUCACUGUAACCGCAAGAGCUUACAAUGAGACUGAGGGAGACUCUGUAUCAGUAACAGGCUGUACAUACCCAACACCACCAGGCUCCAUAUACUUCAUCUCCAAUGGAACAAACAGCAUCUCAUUAUCCUGGGGAGACCCAAUAAACAUGACCAAUGUGACAAAGAGUUUUAAUAUAACUUAUAGCAACGCUUUAGGCAACGGGACUGUCUCAAGCAACAACACAAAUGUCACCCUUCAGAACCUCAGCUCUGGCACUAAAUACACAAUAACGGUAGUCACCUUCGCAGACUGUCAGUAUCAGAGCUCAAAUGUUAAUAGCGAAGUCACCACAAGACCAUAUGCAGUGAACAAUGUAACAAUUUCUAGUAAAACAGAUUCUAUUACCCUGAAUUGGAGUAAACCGUAUGAAUAUAACAAUAAUUAUACUUACAAAGUACAGACAGACGUGUCCUCUACAAUAGUGCAAAGUGAAUCUGCUACAAUCAGUAAUCUGACCCCAGGGAAGACAUACACAUUCACUGUAACCGCAAGAGCUUACAAUGAGUCUGAGGGAGACUCUGUAUCAGUAACAGGCUGUACAUACCCAACACCACCAGGCUCCAUAUACUUCAUCUCCAAUGGAACAAACAGCAUCUCAUUAUCCUGGGGAGACCCAAUAAACAUGACCAAUGUGACAAAGAGUUUUAAUAUAACUUAUAGCAACGCUUUAGGCAACGGGACUGUCUCAAGCAACAACACAAAUGUCACCCUUCAGAACCUCAGCUCUGGCACUAAAUACACAAUAACGGUAGUCACCUUCGCAGACUGUCAGUAUCAGAGCUCACCUGUUAAUAGCGAAGUCACCACAAGACCAUAUGCAGUGAACAAUGUAACAAUUUCUAGUAAAACAGAUUCUAUUACCCUGAAUUGGAGUAAACCUUAUGAAUAUAACAAUAAUUAUACUUACAAAGUACAGACAGACGUGUCCUCUACAAUAGUGCAAAGUGAAUCUGCUACAAUCAGUAAUCUGACCCCAGGGAAGACAUACACAUUCACUGUAACCGCAAGAGCUUACAAUGAGACUGAGGGAGACUCUGUAUCAGUAACAGGCUGUACAUACCCAACACCACCAGGCUCCAUAUACUUCAUCUCCAAUGGAACAAACAGCAUCUCAUUAUCCUGGGGAGCCCCAAUAAACAUGACCAAUGUGACAAAGAGUUUUAAUAUAACUUAUAGCAGCACUUUAGGCAAUGGGACUGCCUCAAGCAACAACACAAACGUCACCCUUCAGAACCUCAGCUCUGGCACUAAAUACACAAUAACGGUAGUCACCGUCGCAGACUGUCAGUAUCAGAGCUCACCUGUUAAUAGCGAAGUCACCACAAGACCAUAUGCAGUGAACAAUCUAACAAUUUCUAGUAAAACAGAUUCUAUUACCCUGAAUUGGAGUAAACCGUAUGAAUAUAACAAUAAUUAUACUUACAAAGUACAGACAGACGUGUCCUCUACAAUAGUGCAAAGUGAAUCUGCUACAAUCAGUAAUCUGACCCCAGGGAAGACAUACACAUUCACUGUAACCGCAAGAGCUUACAAUGAGACUGAGGGAGACUCUGUAUCAGUAACAGGCUGUACAUACCCAACACCACCAGGCUCCAUAUACUUCAUCUCCAAUGGAACAAACAGCAUCUCAUUAUCCUGGGGAGACCCAAUAAACAUGACCAAUGUGACAAAGAGUUUUAAUAUAACUUAUAGCAACGCUUUAGGCAAUGGGACUGUCUCAAGCAACAACACAAAUGUCACCCUUCAGAACCUCAGCUCUGGCACUAAAUACACAAUAACGGUAGUCACCUUCGCAGACUGUCAGUAUCGGAGCUCACCUGUUAAUAGCGAAGUCACCACAAGACCAUAUGCAGUGAACAAUGUAACAAUUUCUAGUAAAACAGAUUCUAUUACCCUGAAUUGGAGUAAACCUUAUGAAUAUAACAAUAAUUAUACUUACAAAGUACAGACAGACGUGUCCUCUACAAUAGUGCAAAGUGAAUCUGCUACAAUCAGUAAUCUGACCCCAGGGAAGACAUACACAUUUACUGUAACCGCAAGAGCUUACAAUGAGACUGAGGGAGACUCUGUAUCAGUAACAGGCUGUACAUACCCAACACCACCAGGCUCCAUAUACUUAAUCUCCAAUGGAAAAAACAGCAUCUCAAUAUCCUGGGGAGACCCAAUAAACAUGACCAAUGUGACAAAGAGUUUUAAUAUAACUUAUAGCAACGCUUUAGGCAACGGGACUGUCUCAAGCAACAACACAAACGUCACCCUUCAGAACCUCAGCUCUGGCAUUAAAUACACAAUAACGGUAGUCACCGUCGCAGACUGUCAAUAUAAGAGCUCAUCUGUUAAUAGCCAAGUCACCACAAGACCAUAUGCAGUGAACAAUCUAACAAUUUCUAGUAAAACAGAUUCUAUUACCCUGAAUUGGAGUAAACCUUAUGAAUAUAACAGUAAUUAUACUUACAAAGUACAGACAGACGUGUCCUCUACAAUAGUGCAAAGUGAAUCUGCUACAAUCAGUAAUCUGACCCCAGGGAAGACAUACACAUUCACUGUAACCACAAGAGCUUACAAUGAGACUGAGGGAGACUCUGUAUCAGUAACAGGCUGUACAUACCCAACACCACCAGGCUCCAUAUACUUCAUCUCCAAUGGAACAAACAGCAUCUCAUUAUCCUGGGGAGACCCAAUAAACAUGACCCAUAUGACAAAGAGUUUUAAUAUAACUUAUAGCAACGCUUUAGGCAAUGGGACUGUCUCAAGCAACAACACAAACGUCACCCUUCAGAACCUCAGCUCUGGCACUAAAUACACAAUAACUGUAGUCACCGUCGCAGCCUGUCAAUAUAAGAGCUCAUCUGUUAAUAGCCAAGUCACCACAAGACCAUAUGCAGUGAACAAUGUAACAAUUUCUAGUAAAACAGAUUCUAUUACCCUGAAUUGGAGUAAACCUUAUGAAUAUAACAAUAAUUAUACUUACAAAGUACAGACAGACGUGUCCUCUACAAUAGUGCAAAGUGAAUCUGCUACAAUCAGUAAUCUGACCCCAGGGAAGACAUACACAUUUACUGUAACCGCAAGAGCUUACAAUGAGACUGAGGGAGACUCUGUAUCAGUAACAGGCUGUACAUACCCAACACCACCAGGCUCCAUAUACUUCAUCUCCAAAGGAACAAACAUCAUCUUAUUAUCCUGGGGAAACCCAAUAAACAUGACCAAUGUGACAAAGAGUUUUAAUAUAACUUAUAGCAACGCUUUAGGCAACGGGACUGUCUCAAGCAACAACACAAACGUCAUCCUUCAGAACCUCAGCUCCGGCACUAAAUACACAAUAACGGUAAUCACCGUCGCAGACUGUCAGUAUCAGAGCUCAGCUGUUAUAAGCAAAGUCACCACAAGACCAUCUGCAGUGAACAAUCUAAUAAUUUCUAGUAAAACAGAUUCUAUUACCCUGAAUUGGAGUAAAACUUAUGAAUAUAACAAUAAUUAUACUUACAAAGUACAGACAGACGUGUCCUCUACAAUAGUGCAAAGUGAAUCUGCUACAAUCAGUAAUCUGACCCCAGGGAAGACAUACACAUUCACUGUAACCGCAAGAGCUUACAAUGAGACUGAGGGAGACUCUGUAUCAGUAACAGGCUGUACAUAUCCAACACCACCAGGCUCCAUAUACUUCAUCUCCAAUGGAACAAACAGCAUCUCAUUAUCCUGGGGAGACCCAAUAAACAUGACCAAUGUGACAAAGAGUUUUAAUAUAACUUACAGCAGCGCUUUAGGCAACGGGACUGUCUCAAGCAGCAACACAAACAUCACCCUUCAGAACCUCAGCUCUGGCACUAAAUACACAAUAAUGGUAGUCACCAUCGCAGCCUGUCAGUAUCAGAGCUCAUCUGUUAUAAGUGAAGUCACCACAAUUCCAGAGGCCGUACCUUCAUUUAACUGUAGAAACGAACUUGCGCAGCCGAUCCUUAUCUUUGAAUGGCAGUGCCCUAAUGGUUUAUUUGACCAGUUUGAACUUAUAGUGGGUACAGAGACAACUUCAAUAAAUGCAAUCGUUCAAAGUAACUGCAUUUCUGGAAACCUGAAUUUAAAUUUGACAAACUUAAAAUAUUAUACUGACUAUACUGUAAACAUUACAACUAUAUCCAAUCAGAAAAGGAGCUUCACUGUGAUAAAAUCCUGCAAGACUGCAAUAACAAGUCCACCAGUACCAACAGUGACACCUGUAUUGUCUAUGAAUGCUCCUUCAUUUGAUCAAAUUGAUAUUUCAUUUGCUGAGUUUGAUAGCCGGAAUGGACCGUUACAGGCUUAUGCAGUGAUAGUAACAACAGAUAAAAAUGCUGAAAGGCCGCAGGCAGACCAAUUGACUUACACAUAUGAUGAUUUCAAAUCGAAAACAACUCAAACAUAUGUUACUUAUAUCAAAGUACCCAAUUCACAGACAAAAUGGUCAAAUAGAGACAAUCUUCUAACUGUACAAAUUGGGAAUGGUAAUAAAACACACGGAUAUUAUAAUGGACCUUUGGAACCAGUGACAUCAUACCGGAUUGGCAUAGCAGGUUUUACAUCUAUUAAAUAUGAUGAAAGUGAUCACAUCAAUAUGACUUCAAGCCUAGUAUCAAUUCCUGUUUACUCUUGGGAAAUCCCAACCCCUCAAAAGACAGAAGUCAUUAUUGGAGCCGUUGUGGGAUCAAUCAUUGGCGCUCUUGUUAUUGGUCUGAUGGGAUUUUUCAUUUGGUGGAAAACAAGGAAAAUAAAAAAAUCCACUGACAUCCCAAUUGAAAAAAUGAAAAAAGCUGAUUCUGGCAAUUUUGCAUUUUAUUUGGGUGUGUCAUUAUGGGUCUUAUAUUUCAGAAAAAAUCCAAUGCGAACUGAAAGGUUUGAGGCCCAUUUCAGAAGGCAACACGCAGACUCAAACUUAGGAUUUAGUGCAGAAUACAGUAUCUUUACAAAUGUUGGUGUUACUCAAUCAAAGAAUGCAGCUGAAAUGCCAGAUAAUAAAACAAAGAACAGAUUUACAAAUGUUUUACCAUAUGAUGUUUCUCGAGUAAAGCUCUCCAUUAUGAGUAAUCCUACAGAUGAUUAUAUCAAUGCAAACUACAUUCCAGGGUACACAUCCAAAACCGAGUUUAUAGCAGCACAGGGCCCCUUGCCACAAACAGUAAAUGAUUUCUGGCGCAUGAUUUGGGAAAAAAAUAUUCGUACUAUUGUCAUGUUGACAAGAUGCAUUGAAACUGGAAAGCUCAAAUGUGAGGAAUAUUGGCCUUCAAAUAAUUCCAAGAUUUGUGGUGACCUAAUAGUUCACUUAAGGUCAGAAGAAGUGUUUCCAAAUUGGACCAUCAGAGAGUUUACAGUCACUAAUAACAGAAAUAGUGCAUUUCUUUCAGUACGUCAUUUCCACUUCACAGCCUGGCCAGACCAUGGUGUGCCAGAUGCAACAGUUGUUUUAAUGAAUUUUAGGAACAUAAUUUGUGACUAUGUGAAGCACCACUGCAGUCCAAACUCCCCUACACUUGUGCAUUGCAGUGCUGGUGUGGGAAGGACAGGAACUUUCAUUGCACUUGAUCGCAUUAUGAGACAGAUUGAGGCCGAGGACUCAAUAGAUGUUUUUGGCACUGUAUACAAUCUGCGGAUGAAUCGGUCACUAAUGGUGCAGACAGAGUCGCAAUAUGUUUUUCUGAACCAAUGUGCACUGGAUUUUAUCAAAGCAAGAAAAGACCAAAGGCCAGAUCUGAUUUAUCAGAAUUCAGGAGCAGAUGGAAUCUAUGAGAAUAUGAGUUGUAAAGCUUAAAAGACAAUCAUGUGACAAGGACAGAUCUGCACUGGCUUCUUGUGCAAUUAACAGAGCUGCCAGCAAGACUAGCAAAAUAUUGCAGCCAACAGACUUAAAAAAAUAUAUUAUAUCCAGUGUUCUCCACGGGUCAUAUUUAAUGGGUGCACCAUCCGGCUAAUUUUACUGACCACCCGGCUAAAUGUUACCACAAAAUAAACUAAAAUUAGCGAAUAGUAAAAUAAUUCAAUGUUUAUUGCUCAAAUUAUCAUUAACUAAAUUUAUGUUAAAAUUAUGCAAUUAAUUUGUUCUUUGGAUAAAAGAAAUUGUUAUAAUAUUAUAAAGUACUACACUGCACCCACCUGUCUACUUUAUAAUGCCACCCAGCAGGCAAAAUUUUCUGUGGAGAACACUGAUAUCCUAUUUUAAUACUAAGAGAAAAGCACUUUCAGGGAUUUUGCAUUUUUAUAACAAUGUUCUAUUUUGCUAAGAGUACUAUUUUUGUAGUAAUUUAAUUCUUAAAAUAAUGUAAUUUUUAAAACUCUGCUUGAAGGAAAUAUUGUGUCUGCUAUUAAAUGGGGUCUUUUCUACAUGUAUAAAACUGUUAAUAAGAAUGUACUGAUCUUAAAACAUCAGUUAUUUAUUUUACAGAAUAAGCCCCAAUAUAUAUAGUUGUUCACCACUGGAGAUUAUUUUUUAUAUAUUUUGUUUGUGUAUUAGUAACAGAUUUAGAUAGUGCUUCAUUUACUAUAAGAAAGAUGUUUCUGUGAAACCAUUUAAAAUGCUGCAGGCAGAUGCGUUGAUAAUGGAAUAAAGUAUCAUGAUAGUGUUUUUCUCAUUAAAAAAAAAAAAAAAAACAUUUUAAGCAGCAUUAGUACAAACAAUAUAACUAUCUUUUCAAGUAUUACCUCAAAGCGCAGAAUAUUAAUUUUAAGUCUGUAGGUCUGCAGCACCCCAGAGUCCAGUACAGACCUACAACCUAUAUACAUUUAAGGAAGCGUCCUGUGGUGGCAAUUGAUCAAAAAUAACCUCUAGACAUGUGCGAUUCGGUUCGAUUUGGAAAUUCUGCAAAUUCGGAUCGACCCGAAUCUCCGAAUUAAAAUAGUGCCGAAUCUACCGAAUAAAUCCGAAUAACUUCGGAUUUAUUCGGAUUUAUUCUGAUUUAUUCGGUAGAUUCGGAUGGCCAUGGAUUACACUAGUAUUGUACAGUAUAUUAGGUUAUAUCACUCUGCUAUGGGUUACACCUAAUGUACAGUACAUAAUACUAGUCUAAUCCCACCUAACACUUACCGAAUUUCCGAAUCGAACCGAAUCCAGCCGAAUUUAUUUGAAUCCGAAUGAAUCCGAAACAAAUCCGAACCGAAUUUAUUCAAAUUUUUCCGAAUUCGAAUCGCUCCGAACUGAAAUUCGAAAAAAUCUGAAUCGAACCGAACCGAAUUUUUUCGCCAUGCACAUGUCUAAUAACCUCUCUAUUAAACAGUCUAUUUUCAUUUUUGAGUCCAUUUUCAAAUGAAAACACCUGGCAUUGUUGCAUAUUCUCUGCCUGACACUAAUGGAAGCUAUGAUUUCUAAACUAUUGUGUAUAAGUUUUUUAUAUAAUUUGGGAUAUUUUUAACAUGCAUAUUUUAAAUCAAUUUUUCAGACAAAACUCUACGUGGUAUUAAUACCCUACAUGGUAUUUCACCGUUGCCACUUUUGCACAAGUUUUAAUUGACCUUUUUUGCAAUAAAUAAUCCAAGAUUUUUUUUAUUUCUUGAAAACUAUUUUUUGUACAGCAUAUCUUGGCUAUUUACAAUUGGGGUUUUUUUUUUAUUUGUGUAUCUGGUACACGCAUAGGGGUCAAUUUAUCAAGCUUCAUAUUAAUAAAUUGACCCCUUAGAGUAGAUUUUAACAAAUUUGACUUGGUUAUAAGGCAAAUAAUUUUAGAAAGUUACAUUUUACUCUGAGAGCUGUUUCUUUAGCUAUGCAGUGUUCUGUAUAUGAAGGAGAGACUCUUGCAUUGCAAAAAUAAUACUCAAAAAAACCAGUGGAGAUAAUUCAAGAUUUCUCUCAUGCCGCCGAGUUUUUGACCAUCAGCGCCUAUGACACAUUCCUUCUUCAUUACCAAUGUCCGGUGUAAUAAACUCUGGAGCACAUUUAUGUAGCUUGACAGACUAUAGCUGUGCAUAGAACAAACUUCAAUUUCUUCUUUCCUAUAUAGUCUGGAUUUGAUGCAUCUCAAGCUUAUUGGUUGAGGAUGUCUGGGUGGUACUCAAUUAAGUAGAAUAAUUUAUGAAAUAUACCUUUGUUUCUUUAUGUACUUUGAAGAGCUAUAUUUAUAUACUGUACUUUAAUAGAUCUCAAUACUGUACAGUUUAUAAUAUUUUAUACUCCUGUGGAACUUUUAUUUACUCUAUAUAAUUCUCUUUGGUGUCCUUUUAUAAUGGAAAUUGUAUAAUGUAUUUUACUCAGGGUCAUAUUGCACUGAAAACAUAAUGCAAAUAUGUAAAUAUCCAAAACUGAAUUUACAUUGGUGGACUGCACUUUUGUAUGUAAAAUAGGAAAUCUCUUUUAUAUUAUAAUAUGUUUGAUGCUAGAUUAUAUUGUCAUGACACAAAAACAAAACACAUAUCAAUAUGUCAGAUAACAAUCACCAAAGUUGUAUGCUUGAAUUCAUUAUGAAAUUAAAAUGUUAUAUUUUUACUGACAUACUUAGUGUAAGCUGGUUUCCAAGUUCAGUUUCUUGGUCAAAAAAAUAAUAAAUAAAUUAAAAAAAAGCUCAGAUGAGAUAUAAUUUUUUUUUAUAAACCUUGCAAGGAGCAUAUCUAAGUGUUGCAGGAGAAAUACUACAUAGGAAUAGGAUAGAUAAAUCUCUGGAGGUUUUUUUAAAUUGUUAAUGAAUCUAGGUUUGUGAUUUUAUUUUUCCUUAUUUAAAUGAAAAAUAAAAAGAAAUAGAGCACCAAUUAACAGAUUAUGUACUAAAUGUGUGAUUUUCGUAUCUGCCUUCAUCUAAAGCAAUACUUAUGUUUACAGUUUUUUGCAUAGCAAAUUAUGUUUUAGUUAUGCUAUAAUUAUUAGAGAUAGGUCAGUAAACUAAAUGUUGAUGCUUCAUGAAACCAUAAAGUGGAAUUAGUCUCAUACAAUACUUAUAGAAAAUAAACAUUGUUGGUUUUAGAAAGAGUAAAUACAUUAUUUUCACUUUUACUGCUGAUAUAGAUAAUUUAUUAUAUAGUGCUUCUGGUAAAACUAAUUAUGUUUUGUUGGACCAAAUAAGAACUGAGCAAUUAAGUUUUUUGCUUGUUGAUGGACAUGAAAUGCACUACAUUGAAGAUGGUUAAGUAUAGUGUACAUUCCUGAUAUAUAGAUGACAUUUAUUUUAUCAUCAAAGCAAUUCUUGCUGCUUGAGUGUCAUAGAUAAUGUGUUUUUGUCUCUUUGCGUGAGUUUUUUUGUAUGACAUAAAAAUCUUUAUUUUUGUAUAUUCCUGAUGUUUUGGAAAUACAAUUCCUUUAAAAAUCGUUCUACUGUUUUCAAGGACUGUAUAAUAACUUAGCAAAACUAUUAAAAUAAAAUAAAAAAUUUAAAUUA